AGCUCGAUCACUAGCAUCCACGCUGAAGAGUGCAGGAGGAGAGCAGCAGCAACAGCAGCAGAGCCGAGGCGAAAGAAAAUCAUCCACAUCGCUUAUUUCAACCUUAAAAAAAACAUCUAAUAACUAAACAGAGGAAACUAUUUUGCACAAUGGAUCAAAAACAGACCUUAAACUUUGGUGCUGGACCUGCAAAACUCCCCCAAACCGUACUGCUUCAAGCACAGAAGGAGCUUCUCAACUACAGCGGCACCGGCAUCAGUGUUCUUGAGAUGAGCCACAGGUCAUCAGACUUCAACAAAAUCCUCAACAAAACCGAGAGUCUCCUUAGAGAGUUGUUGAACAUCCCAGACAACUACAAGGUGAUGUUCCUUCAAGGCGGCGGGUCUGGCCAGUUCAGUGCCGUAGCUCUAAACCUGAUUGGUCUCAAAGAGGACAGGUGUGCUGAUUACCUCGUGACCGGCACGUGGUCGGCAAAGGCAGCGAAAGAAGCGGAAAAAUACGGGAAAGUCAACAUUGUUCACCCCAAGCUGGACAGUUACACAAAAAUCCCCGACCCCAGCAGCUGGACCCUGAACCCCUCAGCCUCGUACGUGUACUACUGCUGCAACGAGACGGUUCAUGGUGUCGAAUACAACUUCACGCCUGAAACAAACGGCUUGGUCCUCGUCAGCGACAUGUCCUCCAACUUCCUCUCCCGACCUGUGGACGUGUCCAAGUUUGGUUUGAUUUUCGCCGGGGCUCAGAAGAAUGUUGGCUGUGCUGGUGUUACCGUGGUCAUCGUGAGAGAGGACUUGAUAGGCCACGCCCUGAAAGAGUGUCCCAUCGUCCUGGACUACAAGGUGCAGGCUGAAAAUAACUCCCUCUACAACACACCUCCAUGUUUCAGUAUCUACAUCAUGGCUCUGGUUUUGGAUUGGAUCAAGAACAAUGGUGGCAGCGCCGCCAUGGAGAGGCUCAACAAGCAGAAGUCCUCCAUGAUUUAUGACAUCAUUAGCGCGUCUAAUGGAUUCUAUGUGUGUCCUGUAGAAGCUGCUUGUCAGAGUCGGAUGAAUGUCCCAUUUCGUGUGGGGAAGAAAGAAGGAGAUGACGCCUUGGAAAAGCAGUUUCUGGACGGUGCAGCCAAACGUGGAAUGAUUUCACUGAAAGGACACAGGUCAGUCGGAGGAAUUCGUGCAUCUCUUUACAACGCUGUAACUUUGGAAGACACUGAGGCCCUGGUAGCCUACAUGAGAGAAUUCCUUAAAGAGCACCAGUAAGGGGUGCUGGGGAGCCUAGCGCUUCUGACAAGUGCCCCAUGUACAGAGGCUGUAGUCCUCUUUGCAGCAGCCAUGGGUUCGAAUCCGACGAUGGCCCUUUUGCUGCAUAUAAUCCCUCACUCCUCUCAACGUUUCCUGUCUCUCUUCAGCUGUCAGAUACAAUAAAGGCAAAAAUGGUCAAACCCUAAAACACCAAUGAAAGAGGCCUUCCUUAAAGAGCCCAUAUUAUGCUUUUUCUGGUUUUAUAUGCCCUUUAGUGUGUUUUCCAAGUGUCCUGUGCAUGUUU